AUGUCAACACCUCCAAAGAGACUCAUAGCCAAGGAUGAGCUGGCGCGUACAAGCGUAGCCAUGCUCAUCCUGACCUCGUUAUUCAUUCUGUCGCGAGUAGUCCUCCAGAUCGCUAAACGCAGAGUUUUCGGGUUGCCCGACCUUUUCACCUAUUUCGCUUUUUCUCUGUACGUCUCCAUGUGGGCAUGCUACGUCGCCGUCAUUCCCGCCAUGUUCAGAGUUUUCGGUGUAUUUGAUGGUACCACCCGACCGUAUGCCGCAGCAAUGAAUGACGCUAGGAUGCUGCUUCGGCAUUUUACAGCUGCCCAGAUGCUAUUCUAUACUCUUCUAUUUACUGUCAAAAUGUCUUUGUUGACACUAUACCGAAAGAUUUUGGUAGGGUUACCUGUCAUAUACCACAGAAUAUGGUGGGGUACUGUAGCUUUUUGCGUUCUGUCCUGGACCGGCAGUAUUUUCGCGAGCAUUUUCACGUGUAAUGACCUCAACGAAAAGUUCUCAAAAGGGAUAUGCACUGGCACGCCAGAUGAGCAGCAGAGAAUCAUCUUCAGCCUUUAUUUUGCAUACUCGGUAGAUGUGGCUACUGACCUUGCAAUUAUGUUCCUUCCUCUGUUUCUCACAUGGAAGUUGCAGAUGCCUAGGAAGCGAAAGAUUGGAAUCUUCAUACUAUUUGGCAGUGGCUUUGUCUGCAUAGCUUUCUCUACAAUCCGUGUCAUACAACUGGGCGUUGAUCGUCGCGGUAAAGCAACAAUGCCAGAGCUUGAUUGGUUAUUGCUGUGGGACGUGGUAGAAUGCGCAAUGGCUGUCAUCAUUGGAUGCUCUCCCGCCUUUACAGGCCUGAUUCGUAAAAAAAUCGUCACCAUACCGGGACCAGCAUACGAUAGACAAGGCUACAUCAAACAAGAAUUUGAUAAGGUGGAGAUGGAGAUCAUGGCCGGCUCUGCGAGUCAACAAGGACAUGUAGUUCGGGACCCAUACGAAGAGUAUUUUAACAACAGUCAGGAAGAGCUCACAAGAACUACUGACAACAGCCAAGAAGAGCUUACAGUAAUCACUGAACACACCAUGGUUGUGCGGGCUGUUAGCUGA